AUGGCUAAAGAUGCAGAUCUAGACAAGCUAAUGGAAGACCUUGAUAUCACAAAUGAAGAAGAGGAGGAACUAGUAUUUGACGAGGAGUUUGAGGAGACUGGGAAUCGAUUUGAGUUGUGUGUAGUGGGAAGAUUUCUAACAGAGAAGAGUCUGAAUGUUCGAGCAAUGAAAUCUAAACUGGCGGACAUUUGGAGACCGGCUAUGGGGAUUAGUAUUAAAACUUUAACGGCGGGCCUGUAUUUGUUUCAGUUCUUUCAUAAGGAUGACAUGCAGUGGAUGAUGAACAACGGGCCUUGGACGUUUGACAAUGCCAUUCUCGUUACAAACACAAUUCCAGCCGGGGGAGACCCAACAAAAGUUCCACUGAACGAGGUAGAGUUUUGGGUGCAAAUAUAUGAUCUUCCAACUAGUUUCAUGACUGAAGCAGUAGGACGACAAUUGGGAAACUUUUUUGGAAAAUUUGUGUUGUAUGACAGUAGCAACAACUCGAGCAUAUGGAGGGAGUAUAUGAGAUUGAAGAUAAGGCUGGAUGUAAGGAUGCCAUUGAAGAGGAGGAAGAAAAUCUGUAAGCGAGACAGAACUGAGUUUGUUGUUACAUGCAAAUAUGAGAAGCUGGGUGAUUUUUGCUUUCAAUGUGGGGUUCUAUCUCAUACAGAACGAUCAUGCAAAAAAAGGUUGAACGUUGGAAUGGAGGAGGAGGGGAAAGGAUGGGGUGGGUGGCUCAGGGCUCCACCGCGCAGGGGGGUGGCGCAGGGCCGCAGCAAAUGGCUGAGGGAGGAAAACUCGGAAGGUUGGGGCGAGAUUUCAGGGAAGGAUAAGAUCCAAAAUAUUCAAAAUUAUAUUGGAGCGCAUUCAGGGGGAUCUCAGCGAGGAGGACGGGAGGAACUAGAGGAUAAUAUGGAAUCAAAUCUCCAAGGCGGUAUUAUAGGAAGGGAUAAGGAGGGAAACCAAAAAGUAGUUCAAAAUAUUGGGCCUGGGGCUGAAGAGCAGGAUGGGCUGCUUCUUGAGGACAGGAAAAGACAACGAACUGGACCAAAUGAAGUAAUGGACAUGGAUAAAGAGUAUAACAACAAAACAACAGAUUCUGGGCUUUCUAGUUUGGAUUGCACUGAAUCUUCAUCUUCUGUAUUGGCUAAGCUUGCGAGGCAAGCUAGCCAGCGCCAAUGA